AUGGCUGCAAAAGAUGAAAAAGCACCCAUUCGCUCAUCUUUCAAGCAUCUCUUUUCCUUCACCAGAUGGAAUCAAGCAGCGCCUCUUACUGCGGCCCUCGCUGCAUCGGCUGCAUUUGCUGCCAUCAAGUCCAUCUAUCCCAUCUUCUUGGGCAAGAUCUUCAAUAUAGUAUCCGAUUUCGGUGCCGGUCGGCGCUCCGGCAGUGAGACUUUGCACGAGAUAUCCCACUGGAGUCAGAUAUUGAUCGGCCUUGGAAUUGUGAACUGCCUCUCAGGCUCGGCUUUUCUAUCACUCUGGGUCACCUUUGGAGAGCUUCAAGCCAAGUCUGUCCGACAGGAUAUCUUCAAGAGCUUACUGUCAAAGAAUAUCGCAUGGUUCGAUUCUUUAGAUCAGGGUAUCUCUAGUCUCUUGGUUAGAAUCCAAACGCAAACUCGAGAACUUCAGCUCGCAACAUCGCAGGUAUUCGGCUUCCUAGUAACCGACUGCAUUGUUUCCAUCGUUUCCCUCUCGAUAGCUUUCUACUAUUCUUGGAAGCUCACUUUGGUGCUACUCGCAACCCUGCCCAUAUCCUUGAUACUACUGUCUCUCGCAACUCGACGAUUAGAGCCGGCUAUCCAAGCUCAGAAGCGCGAUUUGGAGACUGCAUCAAAGUUUGCCACCUCAUCCAUAAAAGCCAUAGAGAUUGUGAAAAUAUUCAACGGAUUCGACCGCGAGCUCCGGCAAUACCAUGACGCAAUCAUGCUAGCCAGCAAACAGUAUUUGAUACAAGCUCAAUGCAACUGUUUCCAGAUGGGAUAUGUUGCCUUCUGGGUUGUUGGCAUAUUCGUCGCGGGCUUCUGGUAUGGCAGCAUCCUCGUCGACCAAGGACUGAGUCCUGGCCAAGUUAUUACCACCUUUUUCUCAAUUCUUUCAGCAUUCCAGGGAAUUGGAGCGUUGCUCCCACAGUGGCUGGUUCUAUCCAAAGGCAUGUUUGCGGGUGCCUUUUUGUCAUCUUUAUCGACUGCAUGUGAUGACGAAGCUGCUAAAGAGAAUGGAGGCCAAAUUAGACCCAACUCUUGCACUGGCAAUGUGGAUCUAAUAGAUGUCACCUUUGCCUAUCCUUCCAACCCCGAAAAGCCCGUCCUCAAUAAGUCAACAUUCUUUUUCCCUGCCGGCCAACUCACAUUCAUCGUGGGAAGAAGCGGAUCAGGGAAAAGCACAAUCGGAAAUCUUAUUGCUCAAUUCUAUGACCCCUCGUCAGGCCUAAUUUGUUUAGACGGGUACCCCUUGGCCACUUUGGAUCGCGAUUGGGUCCGAUCCAACAUUGCUUUGAUCCAGCAAUUGAGCGUCGUGUUCGACGAUAGCCUUUUCAAUAACGUAGCAGUCGGCCACAAUGACCCUGAAGCAGCGACAAGAGAGGCCGUUGGCAAUGCGUGCGAAUUUGCGCUACUACAAUCGACGCUCAGCAAUCUUCCCGAGGGCCUCAACACUCGAAUCGGUUCAAAUGGACACAAAUUGAGCGGAGGCCAAAUGCAGAGGGUUGCACUUGCCAGAGCAAGAAUUCGAGAUCCGGCUGUACUUAUCCUUGACGAAGUGACAAGCAGCCUGGAUCAGAUAAACCGGAGUCUGAUAAUAGAUGCCAUCAGAGCGUGGCGGCGAGACAAAACAACCAUCAUCAUCACACAUGAUAUUAGCCAAAUCGAAGAUGAUGAACUCGUAUAUGUCAUGCAAGACGCCUCUUUAGUACAACAGGGAUUGCGGCGACAGCUGGCCAACAUCGCAACAGGCGCGUUUGCGUCUCUGGCCCGUCAGGCUUCCGUUGAAUCAUCUCCUUCUACACCGAGCAAAUCACAGAUGACUGAUGUUACCUUAAGCGAAGAUUUUGAAAAGGCCUGGGAAAGACCCAAUACCGACAAAAGGUCAGAAAUAUCCGCCGAAAAUGCAUCCUGCUAUGAAAUUGGCAAGAGACAAUCAUCUAGCUCGAUUAGCGAAUACUUUGAGCCAUCUCGAAGAUUCAAUGCAUCAGAAUCUUGCUAUAGAUCCUCUUCAGAGAGCGACUUCACCAUGGACUUUUCUCAUCAUUACGAAUACGACGAGGACCCAAUCUACUUAUUUGGAAAGGCAGAGCGCCGAAGCAACAUCUCCAGCUUGCGAGUCGCUUCCAACCCUGCAAAACAAACGGCGGGAAAACCGAGCACGCUAUGGUCAAUCUUAGAAACCGUCUGGCCAGUGCUCACCUCAAAAGACCGCGCAAUCUUCCUCGGUGGAGUUGUAAUGUGUCUGAUUAGCUCUGCAGCAAAGCCAGUCUUUUCAUUUUGUCUCUCCCAACUUCUAGCAGUAUUGUGGCUACCAGAGAACAGGACGGCUGAAGCGAAACAAAAGGCAAUCUAUCUGGUAAUCACGGCAGUUGUUGAUGGUACCACGACUGGCAUGAGCCAUUACAUUUUUGAGAGAGUUGGUCAAUCCUGGGUGAAUGCAAUUCGUCUCGAGGCUCUAAAGAGAAUUCUCUGGCAGCCGAAAUCAUGGUUCGAUCAAGAUGGAAACUCAGCCAGCAGGAUCAACGAGUGUCUUGAAAGGAACUCGGAGGAAACUCGCAACAUUGCCGGGCGAUUCAUUCCCGUCGUCAUAAGCGUCAUCGGGAUGAUUACGGUUUCCAUGAUAUGGGCUUUCAUAACGUCCUGGAGGCUAACUAUCGUCACUCUUUCAGCCCUACCUUUAGUCCUUGGAAUAGUCAAAGGCUACACCAUCAUCAGCAGCAAGUGGGAAGCUAAAUGCAAUCAAGGAGCCUCGGAUGCCAGCGCCGUCUUCAGCGAGACGUUUGUCAACAUCCGCGUAGUGCGAGCGCUGAUGCUUGAAAAGUACUUUGGCACAAAGCACCAAAAACUGAUUUCUCACACCUUUAGCUUAGGCCUGAGAAGGGCAGGUUAUACCUGUGGACUAUUUGGGCUGUAUCAGUCAAUGAAUUAUCCCAUGACCGCCUUGGUAUUCUACUAUGCCACAGUUUUGCUAUCCAAAAACGAUGGCACCACAGUAGCCAAGAUACUGCAGGUGAUCAACUUACUGCUAUUCAGCAUCGGAACUUCAACCGCUUUAUUGGGCAGCAUACCGCAAAUGACCAUGGCCAAAGCGACAGCAACACAGCUACUGGCCUACGCAACAAUGCCGAUAGAAUCCAAAGAAAGCCAAAGCGGUAUUGAGGUCUCAACCCCUCUACCUGUUGAGGUUAGAAAUCUGCAAUUUGCUUAUUCGCAGUCGAGCCCACGCGUCCUCCAUGAUGUUUCUUUCAACAUCACACAGGGAACUUGCACCGCCAUAGUCGGCUCUUCUGGCUCUGGCAAAUCCACAAUCAUAUCUCUCCUCAUGGGCCUCCAUCGCCCUUCAGAUGACACUCAAUCUCUCACCUACGCAAGCAUUCCGCUUUCCAAACUCGACAUACAACACCUCCGCUCAAAAAUGGCAUACGUCUCCCAAACGCCACAUCUCUUCCCCGCAACUGUCACAGACAACAUAAUCUACAGUCUCCCAGGCGACUCCCCCCUCAGAGACAGCCAAAACGUACAAGCCGCAGCAAAAGCAGCCGGCAUUCACGACUUCAUCACCUCUCUCCCCCAAGGCUACUCUACCAUUGUAGGAGAUGGUGGAAUCGCUCUCUCAGGCGGCCAAGAGCAGCGGCUGAGCAUCGCCCGGGCACUUGUCCGCCAUCCCCGGCUUCUCAUCUUGGACGAGCCGACGAGUGCUCUUGACGCCGAGUCGACGAGUAUGAUCCGCGAGACGAUAUGCGGUCUUACAGAGCGGGCGAGGCAGAAGGAGAGCGAUAUGGCCAUUGUGAUGGUUACGCAUACGCCUGAAAUGAUGAAAAUUUGUGAUAGGAUUGUCAUGAUUGACAGUGGUGUCAAGGUCGAAGAGGGUAGCUAUGAAGAGCUGAUGACAGCCAAGGGUCCUUUUGGGCAUCUUAUUAGCAAAGGCGAAUGGCACGGUGGAGAGUAG